AUGUCAAACUACUCGUUCAAUUUGCCCAGCACGGCAGGUUUUGCUCAAGCUUCCUCUGAAUCUGCAGUGACGAGUAUCACUUUAGACCCAAAGUCCUCCGCGGUUCUUGCCGCUACUAUCAAAUCUGGCUCUAAUUUACCUGCCAAUCGAGACCACUUCGAACAGUUGCAUAACCGUCAAGCAUUCGAGCAAGUCUUGGAACGUGAUAUGGGUGUAUACGAUCGACUAGCAAUCAACUUCGAGUCUAUCCAUAAUUUGUGCGAGGGCUUCACGGAGCGAGGCGCCCCAAUGAUGACUGUAACUGGGUCCAUCAUUGGUAGCACAAGUCAGAGAGCCAUCGUGUUCAUGGAGCAGAUCAAGAGCUUACUUGAGAACGGCUUCGAUGACGAGUCGCGUACGCGUGUUUUGGACUCUCUCGAUGAUCUGACCGCUCGGGCUAAGUCUCUGGCUUUCAAAAGUGAGAAAACUUCAAAGGUGCUAGCUACGUUCAAGGUCGAUUCUUCCAAUCGCUUUGAUGAGCUCAGGAGCACGAUGUCCCGGUGGGACGAGGUUGCCCUCUCAUCAGAAGAAAUUAAUAACAGGAUAAGAGAUCACACUGAUCGGGUUCGACAGGUCAUAGACCAAGCAAGAAUGCAAGCACAAGCGGCCCAAGAGGAACAGGAGAGAUCUCAGGUCUGGGGCAAGGCCAAGUGGGGUUUUAUGGCAUUCCCUCUGCUUGGUGCUGCCAUUCUGAUAGGGGACCAUGUCGCGGGUCCGAAUGCCGACGAAUUACGCGCUCGUACCGAAGAGUUGCAAAGAAAUUACGAGGAGAUGAUACGCAAAGAGGGAAAAGAUCAAGAACAGCUUAUAGCAGCAAAGAUGAACGUGGAUCUUCUUCACAAUACUAUGGAAGAUAUGAGCGUCCAGGCUGAUGACCUUAGCUCAGCCUUGAAGCAGAUCUACACUGCCGCAACGAAGAUGGUCACCGAGAACGAAGACCUAGCACGUCGAAUCAAAGCGCUCGAUGAGGAUCUUGACGAUGCUGAGCAGGACUUGCAGAGCAGUAACAUGGAUGCUAUUCGAGACAUGCUUACAGACUCGCUGGAGGAUGUGGUAGAGUGCAUUGCAAUGUGGCAACAAGUCCAUCAGGUCGGUCAGGAGUUUGAGAGGGGUGGAGAGCUCGCAGGCUCUUACAGUGUCCUGCCAGACUUUGCAGAGAUGCAGAUGCCUACGGGAUGGGAGUACUUCUAG